AUGGUAGACUCUAAGCCAUCACGCACCAGUUUAGUAGCGAAUCCAACGUACAAUGUCAUUAUUUUGUCCGGAUGUCUCACAGCGUCAAUCUUAACGGCGCUUGCAGCAUACAACAAAUACCUAAGACAGUACAAGACUGCCCUAGAAAUACCGAAGCAAGUAUUCCACAAAAGAUGGCUAUACGGUAAAGUUACUGCGGUUGGUGAUGGUGAUAAUUUCCGAUUCUUUCAUACCCCCGGGGGAGUACUGGGAGGAUGGGGUUUGAUUAGGGCAGUACCGGCUUUAUUAGAAAAUGAUACAACCAUUCCUAAGACUGUCAGGAAAUCCACAUCCAAAAUGUGGUCCUUACCGUUUUCCUUCUCUAAUAGAAGGAAGAUGACGGAGAAGAAAAUUUCGAAACAUUAUAUGGAUUUAAAAGUGCCUUAUAAAGGCAAAAGAAGUUUACCUACUCUCUCUGUUAGGUUAUGUGGAAUAGAUGCACCAGAGAGAGCACAUUUUGGUAAUGCAGCACAACCUUUUGGGGAUGAGGCAUUGAAUUUCCUAAGAUAUUUGAUAUUGGGCAAAAGAGUAUGGAUUAAACCACUUGCUGUGGAUCAGUAUAAUCGAUGUGUUGCAAGGGUAGUGUAUUGGAGCUGGUUACGAGGUUGGAAAGAUGUCAGUUUAGAAAUGCUAAGAGAGGGGAUGGCUGUUGUAUACGAGGGGAAAUCUACUGCUGAAUUUGAUGGCAGAGAAAAAAGAUAUAGGCUUUAUGAGUUCAUCUCCAAGUCGAAAAGAAAAGGACUUUGGAUUCAAAAAAAAUUUGUUACGCCUGGUCAAUAUAAGAACCAACUGAAGUCCUAG